UCCACGGGGGGUUCAGGCCUAACUUGUAAUUGGAAUCAAAGACGCCCUUACACACAAAUGAACUGAACAACUGAGAUUUAACAACUCAACAAAAUCGGGGGGGAAAAGAAGAAAAGGCAUCAGCUGAAUACGCCGAUUCUUUGCCACGAACAGCACCACAGACUUCCCAAUGAAGGAGCCUGACGCAAUCAAGCUCUUCAUCGGGCAGAUACCCCGAAAUCUGGAGGAGAAGGACCUCAAGCCCAUCUUUGAGCAGUUUGGCAAGAUCUACGAGUUAACGGUGAUAAAGGACAAAUAUACAGGGAUGCACAAAGGAUGUGCCUUCCUGACAUACUGUGCUCGCGAGUCGGCCCUCAAAGCCCAGAAUGCACUGCACGAGCAGAAGACACUACCAGGGAUGAACCGUCCAAUCCAAGUGAAGCCAGCAGACAGCGAGAGCAGAGGGGAAGACAGGAAGCUGUUUGUGGGCAUGCUGGGAAAACAGCAGACAGAUGCCGACGUGAGAAAGAUGUUCGAGCCAUUUGGCAGCAUAGAGGAGUGCACGGUGCUCCGCGGACCUGAUGGUACCAGCAAAGGGUGUGCAUUUGUAAAGUUCCAGAGCAACGCAGAGGCCCAGGCCGCCAUCAACGCCCUGCAUGGGAGUCGUACUUUACCUGGCGCCUCGUCCAGCCUGGUGGUGAAGUUUGCCGAUUCAGAGAAGGAGCGAGGGCUCCGGCGGAUGCAGCAGGUGGCCUCUCAGCUGGGAGUCAUCAGCCCCAUGACCCUUCACCUCGGGGCUUACAACGCCUACACACAGGCUCUGAUGCAGCAGCAGGCCCUGGUGGCGCAGUCGGCCUACCUCUCUCCUGUCGCCACAGUGGCAGCUGUUCAGAUGCAGCAACUCGCCGCCCUCAACCCCAGCAGCAUCAUUGCCACGCCGAUCGCAUCCAUCACCCCCUCCUCAGGUACCAGCACUCCGCCCUCCAUCGCAGCCACACCUGUUCCUGCUCUGCCUCCGCCAAUCGCAGUGAACAGUUAUCCAUCUGUGCCAGCUCCGCCCAACGGCCAAUCAGCAACUGAAGCCCUGUACACUAACGGGGUUCAUGCAUAUCAAGCUCAGAGUCCUGUCCUGGAUCCGCUGCAGCAGGCUUAUACCGGCAUGCAGCAUUACACAGCCACCUACCCUGCUGCCUACGGCCUGGUGGGACAGCCGUUCCCCCAUCAGCCCACUCUGGUGGCUCAGCAGCCGCAACAGCCACAGCAGCUGCAACAACGAGAAGGACCGGAGGGCUGUAACAUUUUCAUCUACCACCUGCCGCAGGAGUUCACAGACUCUGAGAUCCUGCAGAUGUUUCUGCCCUUCGGAAACGUCAUCUCUGCCAAGGUCUUUGUUGACCGAGCCACCAACCAGAGCAAAUGCUUCGGUUUUGUGAGUUUUGACAACCCGUCCAGUGCUCAAACUGCCAUUCAAGCCAUGAACGGCUUCCAGAUCGGCAUGAAGAGACUGAAGGUGCAGCUGAAGAGGCCCAAGGACGCCAACAGGCCUUACUGAAGGAGGUGAGUUGUAUUGAUGUAUUUGAAGAUGUGGUUAAUGGAUGUUGAGGGAUUGAUAGACAGCUGGAAAUGUGUCUGGAAGUUAAAGAGACAGAGUGGAUGUAAUUGGGGACUCAGGAUGUAAAUGGCUGUCAUUCAUGUGGAACUGAAGAAGUCAAUAACCCUACAGUAGAUUAACUUUAAUGAGGUGGCAACAGUCUAAAACUACCAUCAGUGUGAAAUGUAUUACAAGGAUCAGAAGAUACACAUGUUGUUCCUUUUAUUUUUUUUUUUCCUCAGUAAGUAGGGGCAGUCUUACUCAGAAGUAGUUUUUUUACUCGCUUCAAAUGUUCUGUCUAACCAGUGUUCUGUCACAGGGUUGAAUGCAACUACUGUUCGUCAUUAAUUUUUGUUUUACUUUUUCAUUUAUUGUUUUUGUGCUGUGCCAUAUGCCAUUUUUCCUGAAAAAAACAUCACACCACUCUCAAGACUGUCCCGUCCAUACAUAUCUAUCGUGGAGACUGCGUCGCUAUGGCUACGGUUGCCUAGCAACCACUAAAACCUCCCCCUUCCUUCUCACUGCGUUGUAAGUUAAUUGGCCUGUGUUGGUUGCUGUGGCGAUAUUGCCUGUGAUGGUUGCCAUUAGCAAUUUUUAUUUUGGGCCGUUGCCUUGAUUCACCAUGCUCAACUGCAUGGCGGGUUACUGUGGCGACCAUGAACUGUGUUUGGUGCGUUGUGAGUUUCCUCUUAUUAUUUUGUCCUGGUUUUAAUCCUUGCAAACACUGAUCAAUAACUGUCACGUUACCUCAGCAUCUGUAAGUAACUGAUUAUCAUGACAUGCUGCUUUUUUUUUUUUAACUCUCUAAAAGCUUUAACACUAAAAGCUGAAUUAACCUGUUGGUAACCACUUACCACAUUAAAUAUGGAACUACUAGAAUUUUCUCCUUUUUGGUUUUGAUUAGUUUGCUUUUUGUUGUCUGUCAUGAUUAUCGUUCUUACACAUUCCCUCUGUUUAGUUGGUUGGUGUGGUAGUUUCGGUGAGUGCGGGGUUUUCGUUUGGUUGUAAUUCAAUUCCAAGUGACUUUGUGCCUGAACUUUGUUUGGUUUUUGUGAGACUGAAAAUGUUUCUGAACGUGUCCCUGUAAAUGGUUGAAAAGAUAGUACAUGUGUAUGAACGACUGUGAGAGCGAGUGUCCAUCUGGGUGUAAGGAGAAGAAGAAGAGAGGUGGAGUGUUUUCAUAUUUGUGUGAGUGUUUUGUAUUGAAUAGUUGUGGAAAAAAAAAAUGUGUGUGUUGUACCAAAUGAGACACUAAUGUAACUUUAGAAGGUUUUCGGGUAAAAAGCAGUUUCGUUCCUGUGACACGUGCUGCUGGCUGAGGAACUGAAUUCCUCUGUAGGAAUUCUGGGACACCGAAAAACACAAGUGACUCUGAGCAAAACUCAUUUUAAUUAUAAGAUUCUCACCAAAAAGUUUAGCGUGUCUUUUGCACAGAGCAUCUGCAGUUCAGUCACAACCUUGAAAAAUAAGAAAUCCAUCAAAAAAUAACCAGAAUUUAGCGUUUGCCCUAAAGAGAAAAUUUCAGAUUCAGAAAAAAUAACAUAAUAUUCAAGUUUUGGGUAGUUUUUAAUCUCAGAGCUUUCUUCCAGCAGUCUUUUAGGGUUUUAAAAUACUCACGGGCAGAGGGCAUGAAGAUUUCCUUUUACAAAUCUGAAAUUUAGUCACAGUUUUAACUAAGUGAUGCAAAAAGCCUUGAAUAGAUUUACCUGGUAACUGCAGAUGGCUUGUGUGCAGCAAACUGCAUCAAAAAUAAUCUUUUGGUAGAUGAUGAAUUCACCUAGAAACUCAAAAUGUCAGAUAACACAGUUUGGCUUUUUUUUUUUUUUUUUUUGGAAUAUUAUUAGAAUAAAUGUAAUAUAAUGUCUGAGUUUUUUGCCCAAAAUUUGGAGAGUUGAUUCCCACCAGAAUUCCUACUGUGCAUGUUCUGAAUUAAUUUGCCUGCCAACAGAGAUGACAGACUAUUUUCUAAGAACGUGCAUACACUUGCAGCAGUAUGACUGUCACUGUCUGAGUUGCAUGGACACUAGUUGAUUACUGAGACUCCCCUGAGGCAUCAGUGCAAGCAGUGUGUAUUGCAGACACCACUCCACUUCCAAAACACUGAAGUUUCUUUGUGGAUGUUUUAUUCCUGUAAUCUGUUUUUUAAAUGGCUCUGUUCUCUUUUUCUCUCUCCUUUUCUUUACCUCCAGGAAAAAAAAAAACCUAAGAGUUCAAUCAAGAAAACCACUUGGGAUGUCCCAGCCUUUUUUGGUUGUUUGACCAACCGUAUAGCACAGGAGCAACACUUCACAAAAAGCAGUAUCUCACAUGUAUGCGCUUAUAAAACAGCCAACAGUAAUAUCGACAAUACAUACAUCAACUGAGUCAGCGUCCGCAAUAUCGGAGGUGUCGAGUGCUCCAGAGUUCGUAUCAUUCCACAGCUGGAUUCAUUUAUAUUAUGUACAUACUCUAUUGUCAGCAACGAGAUCUACAUGUUAAGAAAAAGCAUAUCACUGAUGUUAUUCUACUGAACAGGGUUCUACUGUAUAGUGUGAUUUGUGGUCUAUGGCGUUAAAAGAAGGCCAGUCUACACAGUUGAAGGGAAAAGAAAAUACUAUUCUGUAUGAUUACCAUUGGUAAUAUUGUUAUGUAGAGUUAGUUUUAUUAUUUAUACGUAAAUUAAAAACAUUGGGUAAUUAAAGUAAUGGAGAAAUGGAUUCCCUCUCACUGUAUAUACCUUGGUUAAAAAUGGAGAUGAAGAACUUAAAAACUUCACCGGUAAAGAUUCUCUGCUGCCACUACUUUUCAAAUUAACAAACGGAAGGAAGGGCUGGGAAUUUUUCUAUCUUGAUUUUUUACGUUUAAUUUAUUUGUUAUUCGAUUUGAUGAGGGGGAAGAUGUGACAAUUUCUUUUUUAAUUUAAGAAAAGGAAAAAAAGGAGCAUUCCUGUGGUCUUCAAGACAAUGAACACACUUAUUAUAGAGUUUUUAAUUGCAUAAAUGUACCUAUGGAAGU